AACAUUUACGGAGUACAACGUCACCCUGUAAUUUAUUUAUAAACUCAGGAAUAUCCGUACCGUACUUUGUACUUAGCUGGACGUUACGCUGGGCGAAUGAGUGGUUAGAGAUUCAGGUAUUGCUUGAACCGGCGUGCGACUUUCUAAAAACCACAUAUAUUCUUCUGAAAGAUAAGAAAGCAAGAAAAAACGGUAAUAAAGAUGAGCUUGCAAUGGACGAUUAUCGCUUCUUUUUUAUAUGUGGAAAUAGCUGUUGUUCUGCUCCUCGUUUUGCCAAUAGCAUCCCCGAAGAGUUGGCAACGGCUUUUCAAGUCCAGAUUCCUUCAGAGCUUGAGCAGUCAAGCGUCGAUAUACUUUUUAGUCCUGCUGGCCAUUUUGGUAUUAUUUUUGCUAGAUGCGAUUCGAGAAAUGCGCAAGUAUUCUAACAUAGAGACUGGGGAACAUGUUCAUUUAAAUACAGAAAUGCAAGGUAAUAUGCGGCUGUUUCGGGCUCAACGGAAUUUUUAUAUUUCUGGAUUUUCGCUCUUUCUGAGCCUUGUGAUCCGUCGCUUGGUUACACUGAUUUCGGCCCAAGCAACGCUAUUGGCACAAAGUGAGGCAGCUAUGCGGCAAGCAGUGUCUGCCACCACCACAGCAAAAUCUCUACUGGCACAGAAAUCAUCAGGAGAAAGUGCCCAGAAUGAUUCCAACGAGGCUCACGACAAAGCAGUUUCUGAGCUUAAAAAUCAAAUCAAAGGCUUAAAUAAACAAAUUUCUGAGCUCGAAGCGGAAUUGCAAAAGGAAAAGAAAGACAAAGAAGCAGUCACAUCGCAAGCAAAAUCUCUUGUGCAGGAAUAUGAUCGACUGAGCGAAGAACACGCCAAGUUGCAAUCUAGCGGAGACAAAAAAGUGGAAUAAUUUUCACCAUACUUCCUUUUGCGCAAAAGAGAUGGUAUUUGUUUGUAAUUCUAGCUAUAAAAAUAAUGUUAUAUUUUUAUUGUAGGAUUUUCAAAGCUGCAUUGUUUGAUUAUUGAAGUUCUCAGCAAGUCUUUCUCUUAUAUUUAUCUUUGAAUGCUUGAAUAUUUCAUGUUUGUACAUAGCAACAAUUACAUUGUAACGGAUUUAAUAUUGCUAAUUUUUUUCUAAAAUUUGGUGAGGUGCUUGAGCAUUUGUAAUUUCAUUAUGGUAAAAAGUUACGUAGAAAUGAGGGCUUUUAAAGUUUUUAAAUGAUAUACAUUCGUCAGUUUAAAAUAUCAAUCAGAGUCUAAAAUUAUGAAUAGCAUUAACCGGCUGUUGUUUAUUAAUUACCAUUAGAGCAAUUUUUAAUAUCGUUAAACGUAUAAACGUAACGUCUAUGAUGUUUCCUGGUAUUGUAUGCAUAUUUUUGAACUGUUUGUAUUACCUUUUAUAGUUUCUUGAAUACAAGAAGUAUGUGAAAAUUA